AUGUCGUUCAACGAUCUGGAGCGGGGAACAGCUCCAUCGCCCCGGAAUAACAACAGCAGCAGGGGCAGCCUAGGGCGAUCAUCCAACCGAGCAUCCGGUAACCCUUUGCCUCUGUACCAUGCCCCUCCUUCCGAUCGUGCCAGCUCUCCUCACAGUUCACACUCUGGCGCAGGAUCUGCGAAGCUGACACAAGAUGAAGAGGCCGAAUUCAAAAAGCUGGCGGAAAGAAUGGGAGUGCAGAUCUUCAAGUUGAAUGCCAAUGUGAGCGCGAUUGAUAAGCUUGUGGAGCUCAGCUCGGGAAGCGGCAAGGUUGCAGCUCAGGGCAAGGCUCAGGGCAAAGAAGGUAGAGACUGGACGAAGCAAGUGUGAGUGUGGUCGUUCAGCGUAGUAUGCCUCCUCAGCUUGCUGUAGGCUCGCGAGUCUGCUCUGCACUCAAGACAGAGUGGCUGAUUACCCAUUCUCAUUUGCCAAACUGGUAAUCAGAGCUGAUCUCACCGAUACGACGAGAUCGGUGUCGACCUCCCUCGUGAGCGACAUGAAGACCCUCUCGGCAUUGAGCAGCAAGAGCGGAUCAUCUCAGCACAAGAUGACGACGAACAAGCUGAGGACGGAUGUCGAGAAUGGCUUGAAGAACUUUCAGAGAGCUCAGAGGGCAGGCGCCAACGUGACUAGGACUGCGUUGGACAAGGAAAGGGCGAGGAGAAGCGCUGCUGCCUCCACGUCGUCUGCUUCCAAUGUCAAGUCCAGCGAAAAUCAAGUGUAAGGGUUUAGCAUGACAAGCUCCUGCUGUUGCCUCUCGAUGCUGACGGGCUGCCCUUCAUACUCGUCGCCAGUGCACUGGAGUCGACUGGCGGGGCUUCUGCGGAAGGAGAUCUGAUCGAUCAUCCAUCGGCUGAAAUGGACGAGGGUCAACAAGAGCAGGAGCAAGCACAAGUGCGAGUCAACGCUGGUCCCACGCAAUCCGACCUCGAAUUUCAGGAGGCGCUGAUCUCGGAGCGAGAAGCAGAGAUUCAGGAGAUCGAGGGAGGUAUCCAAGAGCUGAACGAAAUCUUUAGAGAUCUGGGACAUAUUGUUCAAGAGCAGGGCGGUAUGAUAGACAACAUCGAACAUAAUGUUUCGCAGAUCGCUCUGCAUACCGAAGGAGCUGAUCGAGAGCUGGUCAGGGCACACGAAUAUCAGAGGAAAGCGGGAAGGAGAGCGGCUUGUCUGCUGCUCAUUGUGGGCAUUGUCGUUGCUGUUGUUCUCGUCGCUGUGAGUGUUGCGCCUUUGCCGAUGUCAACACAUCCUUGGUCUGCGCCAGUAGCUGACACUGACGAUUUUCGCGCACUACCAGGCUCUGAGCUGA